ACGUCUUAGUGGAUAAAGAUGGGUAAAACUACCCGCUUAGGGUUUCUGUUUUGUGUUCUUGUGAUUCUUUAUGUUCAAAGAGGAGACAGUAGUGAAAUAUACCAUGUGAGUUUAAAAGGAGAUAACUCCAUAAAACUAUACUGGACGCUAGACUACAGUUCUGAGACAAUUUCCUUUGAAAUUCAUAUUCCUCAAGAUUACGGUUGGUUCGCUCUUGGAUUUUCAGACAGAGGACAACUGUUUCCUGGAGAUUAUUGCUUACUAUGGAAGAAUUUGAAAAAGAAAGUGUUUCUAGACGAUAUUUACACAGAAGAAGACGGCGUUGUACAUCUCGAUGAACAACAAGACUGUAGUAAGUUUAAGAUUAGGAGAAAAAAAGACUGUGGUAAAGUUUACAUUUGAAAG